UGUGGGGAAGCCUCCUCGGCCGGGAAGGGGGCAGGGCUGCUGGCUGUCUCGCUCUCUCUCUCUCUCCAUUGUCCGCCCAGCUGCAGCCCUGGCUGGGCACCGGCCGGGGAUGCCCUGAGGACUAGCAGCGUGGCCGGUCCGUCUUGCAAGGAGAGGGAGGGGCAGGCAGGAUGAAUCCCCAGGAGGAGCAGCCCGAAGCAGACGGGGCACAGGCUGUCGCUCAGGAGGAUGGGAUGACUUGGUGGUACAGGUGGCUAUGCAGGUUGGCUGGCAUCUUAGGGGCCAUCUCUUGUGCUUUUUCCGGGCUCUGGAUGUGCCUGACCAUUAACCCUCUAAACAUAGCUGCAGGAGUCUGGAUGAUGUUGAAUGCCUUCAUUCUCAUACUAUGCGAAGCUCCCUUUUGUUGCCAGUUCAUCGAGUUUGCAAAUAUUGUCUCGGCCAGAGCAGACAAGCUUCGUCCCUGGCAGAAGGCACUUUUCUAUUGCGGGAUGGCUUUAUUCCCGGUGAUUUUAAGCCUGACUCUGACUACCUUAUUCGGCAACGCCAUUGCCUUCGCUACGGGCGUGCUUUAUGGACUGUCUGCGCUGGGUAAAAAGGGAGAUGCCAUCGCGUACGCCAGGAUGCAACAAAUUCAACAGAAGCCAGCCGGCGGCGAUGGGACGACAGAAAACGUGCAGGCGCAGUUGGUGUGACAUUUUUUUGUUUUUCACCGCACUGUUUUGAAGCAGAUUUCCACUCCGGAGUCGCCUGUGUUCUUUGAAGUGCUUCCGAAUUUAAUUCCAUUUUAAAAAACAACAACAAUGAAUUUCUGCGUCACUGUGAAUUUUAAUAAUGCUGCAGUUUUUCAAGGAUUUAAAACGGGGUUUGUGUCUGGCCCCGCUUCCCCGAAAUCUUCCAGCCCUGCUUAAUAUCUCAGGUCAAAGUGGAAUCAAAUCAGGUGCAAGCAAGCGAGCAAAAAAAAAAAUCUUCCCAUCCAGGUGAAUUUUCUUUGGCUGUUUUCCGAAGAGAUGGAAGCAUCCGUUCCGGUUCGCAUCUCAAAUUUUGAAGAGUGGGGCAGAAGAAAUAUCUCCUCUUCCUAAUGUUGCCACGGUUUCCGCUGCCUUUUAAAAACCCUGCGUUUUUUUUAACGCGUCGCAGCCGCGACAAAAACAAACACAACAGACGUUCGGGUACGUGCAGGGGAAGGAUGAAAUCGACGGUUUUCUAGAAGCUUUGUGUAUUGCAGUGAUGUCCGACUUUAUUUGCAAAAAAACGACAACCAUCCCAAAACGUGGAAAGAUUUUUUUGGGGGGUGAGAAUUGCAAUACCGAACGUCCCAAAUUAAAAGUCGAGAGUAAAUUAUUUUUGCCUUUUUUAUUUGCAGCAAGGAAUCCAUCUUUGAUUAUUGUCGGGGAGUCGCAGAAUCAAGGAAAAGAAGCAAUUUUUGAAACCGGAACAGGACGAAAAUGAAUUUUAGCUUCGAUUGUUGUUGUUGUUGUUUUCUCCUCUGGCUAAAUGUACUCUUUGCGCUCCAAAGUGUGAGGUGACUUUGGUGUCAUUAUUUUUUCACCUCCAAAUUUUUGCAAAGCAUUCGGGAGGGUGAUUUUUUUGCAACCUUUCUCUGAAUUUUGAAGAGAGCUAUGAUUUCAUAUCGUUAGAAAUUAGUGAAGUGUUGUUUUGAUUGUGAGAUGCGUUUUGUGAGGCGGAGAAAUACCGGAACGAUCAUUUUCUUUCAGGUGUGUCUUAUUUCCCUUUUUGGGGUUUUUCCUUAUUCGAGGAUUUUUCAGCAACCGAAAUUCAGAAUUUCGUACCGAAGGCUAUUUCGUUCAAAUGCCGAAAAAGAGAGAGGUUUUCGUAGCAGUUGAGUAAGGCUGGGCCAAUUCACUGCUCUGUUAAAACGAAGGAAAAAUUCCCAGCAGCACAAAUUUUCUUAAAUUUUCAGGGGGCGCCAAAGAUAGACCGAGUUUGUUAUCUUCUUAGGAAAAGAGUAAAUGGCAGGUGAAAUGCUCCUGGUUCGGCCCGGUUUGACUGAACCGGUAGCAAUGACGGUUGUAAAACCAUUUCAGUUCUUCGUAACUGAAAAGCACAAAACUUCAGUCCUUUUUUUAAAUUUUGGCUAGGUGCAUUUUCUGUUGUGAGUUUUCCAAGCCGGGAGGGGAAAAAAGGGAAUUUACAGUCUCAGGCCAUUUCUUCAUUUAAUCACGUAGCAUCUUUGCUUUAUCGUGAUAUAUAAGGCCUGCCCUCAGCCGGACAAAUUUGGUUUGAAUAAAUUUGAGAAGAUUUAGUGGAGAAA